CUAGGCUUUUAUAGUGUUACAUGAGAGAGAGAGAGAGAGAGAGAGAGAGAGAGAGAGAGAGAGGGGGAUUUUGGAGGGGGAAGAUAGUGGCUGUGAAGUGUGAAGGUAUUUUGAGUUGUGUGGUUGGCUUGGGAUUUGGGAGUUCUUGAAAGGCACAAAGGGAAAAGCCUCAAACACAAUCUGAGGCCCAAACAUGGCAAAGCAGAGGUAGCCACUUUCUCUGUGCGCGUGUCUGUGUGCUAGACCUAGACACCCAUACAUUCAAUUCACUUUUCACACAGUCCCAACACAUGAGCCUCCAAAAAAAAAAACAGAAGACUUUUAGAGAGUGAGAGAGAUUGGAAAUCAGAGUGUCCGGGUGAGAGAUUAGUCAAGAAGAAGUUGAGAAUUCGAUGUUAGAGAGGUGGACAAGGAGAAGAUAAUCAGAUCGAUACAUCAAAAGAAGCAAAUCAUUGUUCAGCAUUUUAUUUAAGAGGGGUUUGAUGAUUAUGAUAUGAUGAUGAUGGAGUGGAAGACUCACAUUCACAGAUUGUGGUUUAUCAACAAAACAACUUUCUUUUACCACUACCGCUGUAUCAUCUCCUCCAUCUUCUUCUUAUCUACUGCUUGCUCAUUUCUCGGCACCGCUAUCUGCAUCAAAACUACUACCUUCUCAGGAGGUAUGAGCUUUCCCUUGGCUGGUAAAGUUGAUUUUUACUACGUUCAGGAAUUUGAGAUGGUUUUGGAGAAAAUGAAUGGCCAAGAGAUCUUAGCAUCGUCUAAAGGCAACAAGAGAGAGGCCUCCUCGUCAUUGAAGUUGGGAGGAGGGACGAGGAGGUUUUUGCGUGGGCCCGGAUCAUCCCCGCCGCAGUGCAUGUCAAAGUGUGGCACGUGUACGCCGUGCAAGCCGGUGCAUGUGGCAGUGCCGCCACCAGGGACACCGGUGACUGCCGAGUACUACCCAGAAGCUUGGAGGUGCAAAUGUGGCAACAAAUUGUACAAGCCCUAGCCUUGGUGUUUGCUAUAUAUUAAUACUUCACAUAGAAUCCUCAUUUUCUCUCUUUCAAUUUGUAGUAUAUUGGAAGAGAAAUUUUUGGGUACUCAAUUGUCAUAUAAUACUUUACAACUAAUUAUUAAUUAUUGUUACUUUCUUAUUAUUAUUAAAAUUAUUAGAGUAGAACAA